CGCAGGCGCGUCGGAGCCGAUUGAUCUGACACAAGUUUUGAUGACGGUGUUGUGGGUACCGCCGGAGAUUUUCUCAGCUAACCAUAACAUCACAUUCCAGACUGGUGCUCAGGAGUGAGGUGAAGGCAGACACCAUGGCAGUGGAGAAGCGUCUGGCAUUUUCCAUUGUGCAGUUCCUCCGAGACCAAACACACUGCGGGACCCUAAAUUCAGACGAACAAGAAAGCCUUGAAGUGGCGAUUCAGUGCCUGGAGACGACUUUCAAGAUCAACUCCAGCGACAGUCACCUGGCAGUGCCACAGCCCCUGACUGAGAUCUUCCUCAACUCCAUGUUUAAGAACGACAACCUGUCCAUACCGGAGAUCUCGCCAUCUGCAGAGGACACUGAGAGGGCUGAGCAGCUGAAGAACGAAGGUAACAACCACAUGAAGGAGGAGAACUACAGCUCUGCGGUGGAAUGCUACACAAAAGCCAUUGACCUGGACCUGAGAAAUGCAGUGUACUACUGUAACAGGGCUGCUGCAUACAGUAAACUGGGCAACUACACUGAGGCGACAAGUGACUGCGAGCGGGCCAUCGGGAUUGACCCCACCUACAGCAAGGCCUACGGGAGAAUGGGGUUGGCCCUGACCGCCAUGAGUAAGUACCCGGAGGCCAUCACUUACUUCAAGAAGGCGCUGGUUCUGGACCCGGAGAACGACACGUACAAGUCAAACCUGAAGAUCGCAGAGCAGAAGCAGAAGGAGGCCUCCAGCCCUACCGCCACAGGGCUCGGUUUCGACAUGGCCAGCCUCAUCAAUAACCCCGCCUUUAUCAGCAUGGCGGCCAGCGUGAUGCAGAAUCAGCAGGUGCAGCAGCUCAUGUCGGGUAUGAUGUCUAACGCGGUUGGUGGGCCAGCGGCCGGAGUGGGCGGGUUAUCAGACAUUUCCAGCCUCAUUGAAGCUGGUCAGCAGUUUGCCCAGCAGAUCCAGCAGCAGAACCCGGAGCUGAUCGAGCAGCUGAGGAACCACAUCCGGAGUCGCUCCUUCAGCGGCAGCGCAGAGGAGCACUCCUGAUCCGGCCAGGCCCGAGCAUUGGCAUGCAGAUUUGUGUAACUGUGUGCCUACCUCUCCACUGGGACGAAAGAGGAAGGCCAGGAGGACGUACGUGAUUGCAAUUUCCACACCCAUUCUUUAACAGCAGAUCACCGGCAGUGCUGGAAUGAAGUGAGAGCUGGAAAGAGGGGAGCACUUUACUGUGACGAGCAGCUUUGGGGAGAGGGGAAAAGGGGGGGGGUUGAGGAAGGAAACAAAGAAAGAGGCAUUGCACACUGUUAUUCAACACAUUGUAAAAACCUAACCGGUCCAUCAUAUCUCACUCCGGUUACAUUCAGAAUGGUUUUAUAUGUGUUUUUAUAUGUUGUAGCAAUGUAUACAGUACCUUGUGUCCACUGCUCUACCUGGGACUGUAGCUGUAAGUAGCAUAUAAUCGCAGGGUUGCCAUUCUUCUCAUAUUGUUUCCCAUGGCAGGAAACGCCACUUUAAAAUGAUUUGUCUAUUAUUUCCUAUAUUAUUUUAGGGAAGCAAAAAAUAUAUAUAUAUAAAUAUAUGUAUGCGAGAACCGUGAAUGCUGAUCGAUAUUUUUUAAGACUGAGGUAAUAGGAAAUGACGAAUAUGAAAUAUUUAUGAAGACCGUUAUCCUUGAGCAAGUCAAUAUAUUGAUAAAUACAUAUAUAUUAUUAUAUUUACUGUAGUGUGAAGGGGGUUAUUGCGAUCAUUUUCCACACUUUGAGUAUCCAGGUAGGUAAAUCGGUUAUUGUUAACACUCCAUUGGAGGAUAUCGCUUAAAUCUAAGUACCGAAAUACUACUCAAAAGUGGCAUCUAACGGCAUAAUAAACCCCGGGGUGAUAAACACCGCUAGAACUCGACACGCUGUGCUCACAUUACCAUUUAAUUUAAGCAUUUCCCUGUACUUAGGCCUGCACCUUUUACCACCAUUUUUUCACAUUACCUCAUGUUGGUUACUAAAAAGAGAAUGGAAAAUAGGGAAAUAAUCAUUGCCUCAGCCUUAUUUACAUCUGCAUGCUCCUUAAUGAGAUCUGUUAUUUGUACUCCUGACAGUUACAAGGCUGGAAGGCUAUGCUUGUGAAAUACAAGACUGAGAAAAAAAGUAUAAUGUAUUGUCAGAGUCUAAAUCUUAAAGUAUGUCAAUAAAGUUGUCUUGAAACAAA